AUGGCGCGAUUCGGCGGGCACGUGUUCCUCGCGUGUGGGGCGGUGAGCCUCGUGGGUUUCGCUGUCCUCGUGCAGGACUACGUCCAAAACCAACUGCAAGGGAUCAAAACAGGUGUAGAUGUGUACCGGGAUGAACAUGGCAUUCCAUAUAUCUUUGGUCAAAAUGCGGACGAUGCCAGCUACGUCCAAGCUUUUAUUGAAUAUACAGUGGUCAUGGGUGCUGCUAUUUCAUCAGCCUGGAGCGAAGCCGCUGCGAAGCUGCCAGCGAGGCCGAUCGAGUUUGCGCUUCUCGACUGGGAGCCGUACACGGCGUGGACGCCUAAUGACGUUCUCCAAAUUUCCGUGGCUUUCACGCUCUUCCUCAAUCGAGGAUUUACGGUCGAUUUCUGCCGGGUGCUCCUAAAGAAGGAAUUGGGUCGCUACUGGAAGGCCUUUGACAUUCGCGUGACCGACCCGCGGAUUCCAUUCGUGAAUUCGGAGGGAAUCUUUCCUUCGCUCUUUGACCAAAACGGCUUCCGCAUUUCUCUUCCCCCUGAGGAAAGAAGAGACGAUGCUUGGGCUCGGCGCCGGCCGGAGCGAGACGGGGCAGAACAGAGACAGGAAGUCGGGAGUGAGGGGCCAGAAGCCGGAGAGCCUGGACAUGGCGGAGGCAGUACAAGAGACGACGAGAAGGAUCCUAAGAUCACAGCGGGAAAAUGGGGAGGCAGCAACAGUUGGGCUGUGUCAGGAAAGUAUACAGCAUCCGGGUUUCCGAUUCUCGCUGGAGACCCUCAUCUGGAGGCGCAUGCUCCUGGAGCUGGGAGCGGAAGCAGUCGAGGCGAAGAGGAGGCGAGACAAGCAGCCGAGAAAAAAAAACCAUCGCGCCUCAUCGGUGCAGCCUUCGUCGGGACUGGCACGAUUUUCGUCGGACACAAUGGCGACUCUGCGUGGAGUCACACGAUCGCGCACACAGACAUUGAAGACCUUUUUCUAAUCAAGUUGGAUCCUUCCGGGAAGAAUUACCUGUACGAUGGACAGUGGAUUCCUCUGCGUACGCGUGUCGAAGAGAUCGCCGUGAAGGGUGUGGCGAAGCCUGUCAAGCGUUUGCUUCGUUUCACCCACCAUGGUCCACUGGUCACCGAUCUGUACAAGGAGCUCCGCGAACUCGUGAAAGAGGAUGAGGCGCUUGCCUUCGCUUCUGUUGCAGUUCGUUCACCCGCCGCCGUCGACUUCACAGAGCAGUUGAACUCCGCGAAGAACUGGAAAGACCUUGUGACACUGGGACGUGUGAACCAGCAGAUUGAGUUCGUCACAGUCUGGGCAACGAGAGAAGGGGACAUUGGAGCCUCACUCACGGGAGGCGUCCCCGAACGAUCCCCAGCACCAGACGGCGGAGGCGAUUUCCGUGAUGGAUCCAAGUCGUCUUCCGACUGGAAUGGUGCGGUGCCAACCGAGACGUUGCCGCACGUCAUGAACCCGCCGCAAGGCUUCGUCGCCACAGCAAACUGUCAAAUCGCGCCCGACGCAGAGGACGUUCUCGGCCAGGCCUAUGUUCCAGGCAAUCGAAUCAGAAGAAUCCACGAGAGACUCAACGCGUUGAUCAAAAGGAAGAAGGUCACCGUGCAGGACAUGAUGGAUGUGCAACUUGAUGUGGAAAGUGUGAACGGCCGGGAAUUCCGAGAUUAUGUCCUGCGCACUGUCCUCUUCGCCUUCACCACGUCUCCUUUAGCCGACUCUGAGAAGAACGGAGAGGGGAGCAGCGAAGCCAGCAAGGCGACACAAGGAGCAAGACAAGGUGAAGAAAGAGACCAUUCUUCCCACAUCAGCCCCGAGGCACGGCGAGUCCAAGAGAUGUGCUCCAAAGAGGGCGUAACCCAACAGGACGGAAAGCUCCUGGCAGACAUCUUUCGCAAGUGGGACGGGAGAAUGAACGUCGAGUCGAUUGGGGCGACCGUCUAUGAGGUGUGGAUGCAGUGGCUGCUCCAGGACCUCUUCAAGCUCCACAAAUUCUCCGACCACGCUCUCUUUGUUGUUGCAGGAAAGUCUUCAGUCUUCAGGCUCGAUUUAACUGUCGUGGCAUUCAGAGGAGGGUUUCAUUCGACCUGGCUGCCUCGCACAGAAAUGCUGAAUCACUGGAGGGACAAUAUCUUGCGUGCCCUGGAAAACAACGAUAACUUAAUUUCCGAUGUCACGACGCCGGUCUCGCUUCUCUGCAUGGGCGCCUCCUCGGCUCUACGGUGGCUGCGCGUACGCUACGGAGAGGCCGGGACUCUCUGGUUCUGGGGCUCCGUCCGAGCCCGCUUUUUCACCCACGCGCUCGGCGAGGCAGUUCCUCUGCUGCGGCACACUGCGUCCAUCGGUCCGCUGAGGUGGGGAGGCAAUUACGGGACAAUUCGAGCUCACCACAAUGAACCGCAUGUCCUAAGUCACGAGACGCCCCGGGAAAGUCAAUACACGAAAGGGCUCGAUACUCCAACUUUUCGCAUGGUUGUCGAUACAGGAGACUUCACGAACUGCUACUGGGCCUUUUCACCGGGGGUCUCUGGGUGGGUCGGCAGUCGCCACUACAGUGAUAUGGCGCAGUCCAUGGCAGAAGGAUCAGAAUUCAUGCUUCCGAUGCUGUGGACGGACGAGCAGAUCGCUGGUGCUGCCGUCACGCACGCUCGGUUUCUCCCUGUGGGCUUUAAGGCACCCAGACGCACAGAAGUCGACCGCCGAAAAGAGACGGAAUUAUAG